UUUGAAAGUCAACCACCAGCUUACGCUGAUGCCUUGGACUACCUCAACAUGAUCUUCACAGGCGUUUUUACAGUGGAAUUCGUCCUCAAGCUUACUGCAUUUGGCUUCAAAAACUACUUUAGCGAUCCCUGGAACGUGUUCGACUUCAUUAUCGUCGUCGGUAGUUUUGUCGACAUCGUGCUGUCACACAUUGCCGCGCUGCCGUAUGUUGCACUGCUGAUUCUGAUGCUCUUCUUCAUCUAUGCUGUGAUCGGGAUGCAGAUGUUUGGAAAGAUUGGGUUAAACAACCCGGACAGUGCAAUUACUGUGAAUACUAAUUUUCAGACCUUUCCACAAGCGGUUCUUGUACUUUUCCGCUCUGCUACAGGAGAAGCUUGGCAGGACAUCAUGUUCAGUUGUAAUUUGGAACGGGUGCUCAAUUCGAAACUGUUCACUGACAUUGCCCAUCAGCCUAGCAGGUUAACUGCAAUACCCCCAGAGUACUCGAAGCAAUAA